UAAUACAUUUUCCUAAACCUGCAAAGUACAUCUCAUGGGACUUCAGUAUACCUAAUGAAGUUAUUGAGGCUCUCAAAUCACAAGGUAUAUAUGCGGCUACAGAAUUUCAGUCCAGAGCUAUUCCUACAAUUCAGACUGGUGUUCAUACCCUCCUUGCGGCAGAAACGGGAUGUGGUAAGACAAUAUCUUACUUAUUGCCUUUGAUCCAAGGUGCAUUGCAAAUAAAAUCAAUGAAUGAUGUGGGUAUGAAUAGUCCAAAAAUUGUUAUUUUGGUGCCUAACAGGGAAUUGGCUUAUCAAAUUGGAGAAGCUGCUACAAUUUUAAGCAGUCCUGUAGGACUUAAUGUUCGAAUAGUAGUGGGAGGAAGAACUAAAAAAAUGAUGGUCAACCCAGUCUUUGAGGAUGUGGAUAUUUUAGUGUCAACACCUGGUGUUCUUGGAAAACUAUCUACAGUUGGAGUUUACAGAUUGAGUGAUGUAAGGUGGGUUGUUUUUGAUGAGGCUGACACAUUAUUAGAUGACUCAUUUAUAGAGAGGGUAGAAACAUUAAUUAAGAAAAUGUCUCAAGCUCAACUUAUUUUAGUCUCUGCCACUUUACCAAGAAAAGUGCCUGAUUGUUUGGCCCCAUAUGAAGCUACUAUGGAACAGGUUCUGUCACCUAGACUUCACAAACCUCUCCUAAACAUCACACAGAAAUUUUUAAGGACCCUAAAGUCAACAAGACCAUCUCAUCUAUUGCAAAUUGCCAAGAAUAACAAGGACCCUAUGUUAAUUUUCACAAAUAGGAGUCCAACUAAUCAUUGGGUUGCUUUGUUCCUUCGAGAAAAUGGUAUUCCCUGUGCCAACAUAAAUGGUGAUCAGAAUUAUGCUGUACGGAUCGAGCAGUGGAACCAGUUUGUAAGCGGUAAGGUAAAUAUAUUGGCAGCUACAGAUGUCGGUUCGAGGGGUUUAAAUACGGUACAGGUGAAAAGCGUAUUGAACUACGAUUUUCCGGAAUUCGUUGCCGAUUACAUCCACCGAAUAGGCCGUGUUGGACGGAUCGGUAGUGCACGCCUCUGCAAAGCAACCAACUUGAUUUGGUCCAAGGAGGACGUCAAAAUGGUUCAGGAUAUUGAGCUGGCCAUUAGGAGAAAUGAACCGAUUUCGAACGUGGAUGGAAAUACCACCGGUUUAUUCCAAAGAAGAUUGUUGCAAAGAGUUCGAGAUUCCUACUAAUAGUAAAUUUAAAUCAAAGUUCUGUUUUUUAUCAAUAACGGUAAUAAACUUCGUUGUAUAAAUAAUGUCAGGUUUUUGGUAAACAAAUGCGUGUGUUCCGGCUUAAAGGGCAGAAAAUCUGUGAGCUUUAUGUUAGAAAAACAUGUUCCUCACCUAUGAAGGCAAUGUUUCUUUUGGUAAAAAUCGGUGAGGGUUUUUUUUUACGCAUUUUUAUUUUCGGAUUUACAAUUUAAUGAGACCUGCGGAGGGAAAACUAUUACCACAGAUACCAAAAUUGGAAAAGGUAGCAUUGUUUUCAUACAAGACCCAUAUCUGCAUUGUAUGGUUUAUGUUAUGUUAUGAGUCAGUCCGUUUAUGGAUUCAUCCGAGUGUUCAACAUUAAAGGAAAAGCUUGCGGUUUGAAAUCCAAACAAAACAAAUUGCUUUGGUUAUUAAUGUCGCUCAAGAAACAAUAAUAAUGGUAAUAAUAAUAAUACCUUUAUUUUCUAUACAGGCAAAUAUAUAUUGUAUAGUCACAUAAUCAAAAGGUUAUGUAAAAGAAUUGUUUACUGUGUAUAAAGAUCUUUGCAGUAUAUACUGCUUUAAUCUUAUUUUAAAAGUUGUUAAAGAGUUACAUUUUAUUUAAUCAAGAAGGCGAUUAAAGACUUACAGUCCCAGUAUACAGUGUGAUCUAGACGAAAUUUUAUAUUUGGCAGAAUUUUGUUUUGC